UUUUGGUAAAACCGCAAACUUUUCGGACAUUUAUACCCUUUUACUCGAUGGUCCGGUUUUGUGGUCAGAAAAUUUGCAAUAUGAUAUAUAUAGAGAGGAAGAUAUAAGGGGUUUAAGCACUGUUCUCUCUCUCUCUCUUUUUGUGGUUUUUGUAUAUAGAUAUAUAGUGGUGGGGUUUUGUUUUGGCUUUGUCAUUUCAAAAAAAAAAAAAAAAUUGUUCAUGAUAAACAAAAUAGAGAGAUAAAUGAAGGGAGAGAUUCUUCUUCUCAAUUCUGAAUUCAUCAAUUCUCUUAAUUCUUUUUCAUUUCAUGGUAGAUCUAUCUGUUGAUACAUUAUUCGUUUAAACGAUUUGUCUCUGGAAAAAUUUGGCAUCAUGAGGAGAAUUUGAUGAGAUACUGUUACACCCAGAAGUACAUUUUCUUGUACACCCAGAAGAACAUUUUCUUUUACAGUCUGAGAACAGCCAAGAUAAUGCAAUGGUAAUGAUUUGAUGAGUCCUUAUUGGAUAUGGUGUUGAAGAAAAGAUUAGAAUACGGAUUCCAUGGCUUCCAGGUCCCCACAAUACCUAGAGCUCCCAGAUCAGCUAGGAGGAGGGGCCCAAAUAAGAAGAAAACAGAGGAUAGUCAAAUUUGUGCAUUUGAAUUAUUGGCUUCUUUAGCUGGCAAGUUACUGCAGGAGAGUGAAAGUUCUUCUGCUUGUAGUAAUGCUUCGGAAGGAAAUCAUCGAAGUUAUAAUGAAGGCGUUAUUAAGCAUGAGAGACAUGCUGAAGAUACGCUAUUGAAAGAAGCGUGUUUUGACCAGGGGAGUUCUGAAGAGAGCGCUUUUGCAUCUGAGAUCUCAUCACAAGACAUUGAUCAGAAGUUACUUUCAAAGAGAUUCUUACAUUCUGAGAGAGAUGCUGUUUCAGAACGCACUUCAAAUCGAUCUGACUUGGUUGAAAAAGUCAGUGAUGAUAUGAAUACUGUCAUCCGUAAUGUUAUGCCCACAUUCCAUUGUUGUCCUCCUAAAGUAGAGCGAGGCUGCCCUCUUAGUGAGGAGUCUUGUCAUGCUCAUGUAGAGACUGGAAGCUUGAGUAAGGCUAACCCAUGCAACUCCAAGGACCCAAUGGAGUUGCAAGUAGAAUUUCCCACAACGAUCAAUUUGGUCAAUGAUGUCCAAUUGCCAUCGCUUAGGGAACAUGUUCCUAAUGCUUCUUUUUCCAGGCAUAGGAAUGACAUUAAAUUAGUUGGUAGAGAUGAUGACGAAAAUUGUUCAGGACACAAUAAAUCCAGCACAAAAGUAAAAGCCUUUAGGCCUUCUGCACGGAUCGGAGACCGUAAAAUAAGAAAGUUGCUUACAUCCAAGUACUGGAAGGUGGCUCCAAAAUUGAGGGAUUGCGAAGGCUUUAGAUCUGAUGGUGGAAUGAAACCUCUGUAUAACAAGAGAAAAAGCGGUUACAGCCGCGACAGAUAUCAGCAUAACACUUUCUAUAAGAGGAGGAAAUUAUUUGACCGUAGCUCAGUGGUGCUAUCUGAUGGAGGGUUCAGUAGUGAAAGUGUUUCGAACUCACCGGAGAAGGGAAAAAGUGGGGAUAAGAAUGGCUUUAAUGGAAUGUUACAUGGAGCUGGAGUUUCUUCUUCAGUCAUUAGUCGCCAAGCAUCUUUCCACUCUAAGGAUUCUCAUGUGAAAUUAAGUAUAAAAUCCUUCAAGAUACCAGAGCUUUUUAUUGAGGUACCAGAAACUGCAACCAUUGGUUCAUUGAAGAGGACAGUCAUGGAGACAGUUACUGCUAUUCUUGGAGGUGGGUUACACGUUGGGAUACUUCUUCAAGGGAAAAAGGUUAAAGAUGACAAUAAAACUCUUCACCAGACUGGUAUUUCAUGCAAAGACAAUCUCGAUGGGCUUGGUUUUACACUAGAGCCCAAUACUAUGCCGGUUUGUCCUUCCAUGUACACUGACGAUCCGCUUCCUUCUUUGUCAUGUGACGAACCUGAACCAUUGAGGUCCAUGGGCACACCUCUUGUAGAUUCAGUGAUUUCCGAUGCCUUGCUUGAAACCACUUUACCCUUGACCAAUAUAGAAACUCUUGUUGAAAGUAAUCCUGAAUCAGUUUCCUGCCAUAGUGACUCAUUAACUGAUAACAUCACAUCAGAUUCCCGAGCUCUAGUUGUGGUUCCUGCAAUAAGCAUGGAGGCACUAGCUGUUGUUCCUGCAAACCCAAAAUCUAAAAGAUCUUCUGAGCUUGCACAGCGUCGUACCAGAAGACCCUUCUCUGUGUCAGAAGUUGAAGCAUUAGUUCAAGCAGUUGAGGAACUUGGAACUGGAAGGUGGCGUGACGUUAAAUUGCGUGCUUUUGAGGAUGCUGAUCAUCGAACUUAUGUAGACUUGAAGGAUAAAUGGAAGACAUUGGUUCACACAGCGAGAAUUUCUCCUCAGCAAAGGAGGGGAGAACCCGUUCCUCAGGAACUCUUGGACCGGGUAUUGGCCGCUCAUGCAUACUGGUCUCAGCAUCAAGCUAAGCAACAGGGCAAGCAGCAGAGCGGUACUCUGAAGAGUACAGACUCUCCAGUAGACAGAAAUGGUGUGGAAGGUAGUCAUUCAUCAUGAUGUAAAGGUAAAGGAAACUCAAGCAAGAAAAUAAUGUUGACAGAAACAGGGGAAACAAAACAAAUGUACAAAUCACCAAACUUUGUAAUAUUCUCACUCACUUUAUUCAUUGCCAACUUCAUUGUCAAUAGAGAUUGGCCUUUGUAAAUGAUUUGUUGGAAUAAGAUGAUUCUAACAAGAACUUAAUUUGUCUUUUUGUAGAUUUAAUUGAUUCAUUUCCACAAAUUUGUGAUGUAGAAAUUUGAAAGGACAGUAAUGUAGCCCUUGUAUUGUCUUUAAUAAGUCUUUUUUUCCUCUUCUUUUGCUCUUAA